CGCUUGCACUGCACUUACCGCAACCAACACCGACGAGCGGACUUUCUCAAACGACAGCACAAGGCGAUUGAGCGCUGUCCCCCCCCCCCCCCAUCGCGAAUCCACCUGCAAAUCGCCCUGGGGGUCUCAACGGCAAAUGCUCCUACUGUGGCGGUCUUGGCCACAUGUCGCGGCAAGGUCCAUCCCCUCGAAGUCCAACGCACAACUAUAGCCGCUCAAUUCCAUACGCAGCAACAUUCGAUAUUUCGCGAAGGUUCCAUUGAACCCUUAUCUAUGACUUCCAAGCCAUUCCGAAAUUGCGGUUUUUACUUCGUCAACAUCCUCUCUUUUCCUUUCGGAUCAUGUGAAAAUAGUUGUUUACUUUUAUCAUUAUGUGCGAUUUCACUAACCGGAACAACUAACGCUACUUCUGCCUGGCUCUGUCCGGCCGAUCCUCAUGAUCAGAUUAUCCGUAUACCGUUCACAUAUAACUGCUCUAACAUUUUACCGUCUACUGAUAGCAAUAUCGAUUCCAUGUCACUCAAUAUUUUUCGCCCCAACACAAAGCCAUUCUGGUGUAAGAUAGUUUCUCCUCGGCCACCUUCCCAGUUAACUUUUUUGGCUCCCGCUCAAAUUGAUACGACGAACUCACUAACGGUAACCCAUCGAGCAAUGGUUCGCAUGAUGUCUGUCACCAUGCGCUUGCGAAAUGGCAGUAUGACGCAAGUCGAUAAUGUAUGGAGCACUCCCAACGAGCUUGUCGUGGAAUGGCCAUCUGCCCCUUUUGGCUGUUGUACUCGGCACACCGUAUCCGUUUCCAACUGUUUGAUGUUCCCAACUGUGGUAUAUGCUAAGCACGGUGAAUGA